AUGGGGUCCUGGUGGUUGAAGAUGUGGAGUUUUUUAACAGCAAUAUUCGGCAUGAUGCUGGAUGUCGCACAGUUCUGGAAACAUAAGCUCCUAUCAUGGUGGAACUCCAAGUCCCCUCGGUCCCAACUAUUCCAUACCCUCGAAACAGCAGAGAGUUAUGAGCAGUGGGAAGCAGCUGCGUUUGAGCUGGACGAAAUUCUGAACAAGGACCUUUGGCGCCAGAAUAAUAUCAGUAGACAUUACGAUCACCGAUUAAUCCUAGGUCGACUGGAAGCACUGAUGCGCGCCCGAGAAAGUGAAAAUAUUCAGACGCUUGUGAACCUCCUUCGCUCCGGACUAGUGCGCAACUUGGGCAACAUCACAUCUACGAAAUUGUUCACGCAUGCGUACGCCGGUACGAAGCUUUUGAUAGAUGAUUAUACCACACAGGUUGCCUUGUCGAUCCAAUACGUCACCUCGCUACAACCGGUGCCUGGGGAUGCCAAUGGAUUUACGUCACAGGCGAAGCUGGAGUUGCUGCAUGAUACGCGCCAGGCAUUUGGGCGUACGACCCUGUUGUUGCAAGGCGGGUCGGCGUUUGGGCUGUGUCAUUUGGGUGUUGUGAAGGCGUUGCAUUUACAGGGGCUUUUGCCUCGGAUCAUCACUGGUACUGCUACAGGUGCCAUGAUUGCCGCUCUGGUGGGUAUCCACCCGGAGAGCGAACUGCUUGGGUUGCUAGAGGGCGAUACUAUCGAUCUGUCUGCUUUUGAUGGGCGGUGGAAAGGCCAUACGAAUGACUCAUCUGCUAAUAAAGCUGAAGGUUGGCUUUGGACGUUCUUCCGGCGGGUAAAGCGAUUCCUUCGAACGGGUCACUUGUUUGAUAUGGAAUUGCUUGAAGAAUGCGUGCGGACUAAUGUUGGAGAUUUGACUUUUGAAGAGGCGUAUGCUCGCUCGAAGCGUAUUUUGAACAUCACAGUAGCCACGGCAGGUAAGACGGGCACACCGAAUCUGCUCAAUUACCUUACGGCGCCGAAUGUGUUGAUAUGGUCCGCCGCUGCGGCCUCCAACGCCUCGUCAUUUUCUAAACGUUCUUCCCCGGUGACCAUCUACUGCAAAGACGAGACCGGAUCCAUCAUACCCUGGCCGCAUGCACAAGACGCAGUCUUCCAGCCAUGGCGGCAUGUCCAUUACAACGAAGGCGAAUCACCUCUCGCCCGAAUCGCCGAGCUCUUCAACGUGAAUCACUUCAUCGUCUCCCAAGCCCGUCCAUACCUAGUCCCAUUCCUACGAUCUGAACUCAACCUUCUCGACCGCCGCCAAACCGGCUGGCACAAUCUUUCCCGAUCCCUCAUGCGACUGAUCCUAGUCGAGCUCCGCCACCGCCUCAGACAACUAGAUUACCUUGGCCUCCUCCCAGGCUCCCUCAGCCGCCUCUUAAUUGAUGAAACAAUACCUGGCCCAAAUCUGACUCUUGUCCCGGACCUAUCCUUUACGGAUCUGGGCCGGCUCUUUCAACAACCUACUCGAGCACAGGUCGCAGAUUGGACUCUUAAAGGCGAGCGAGGCGUUUGGCCGGCUGUUAGUGCAUUGAAGGUCCGUGAAGCUAUUGAGAUCGAGCUAGAUAGAGGAUAUCAGCUUGUUCGUCGGCGGAGACCAAGUGAUCAAUCCCUUCCUCCACCUGUACUUCCUAUCAUUAAUGGAGAUGUACCUCGACGACGACGACGACGACAGGUAGAGGGUGAAACUGAGAGUGGGAAUGGCCAUCUUGUUGAAUGA